AUGGGGAAGAACUCUAGUUUAGAAUCUCGAGAAAGCACUGCAUUACUUGUAACGAGUAUGAUUUGUAAUGAUACUUGUAUAUCAAACUUGUGGUCACUGGAAACGAUCGGUAUACUGGAUCCAUCUGAGAAGAAAACGCAAGAUGAACUGCAUGCAGCAGCUAAAGAAAAUUUUUUGAGAACUGUUAGAAUAGACGAUGAAGGAAGGUUUAUCGUUGAUUUGCCUUGGUUGAGUGAACAUUCCCCUCUGCCUGAAAACUUUGAAUUGGCUUUGAAGAGACUGAACAACACAGUAAAGAACUUAAAAGCGAAAAAUCUGUAUGAGGAUUAUGACCUGGUCUUCAAAGAAUGGGAAAAGGAGGGAAUAAUUGAAGAGGUUCCUUAUAAUGAAAUUCAGGAACCAUCGCAUUAUUUACCACAUCGGCCUGUUGUCAAAGAAAAUAGGACGACUCGCAUUAGGCCAGUAUUCGAUGCUUCCGCUAAUUCGAGAUCUUCACCAAGUCUAAAUGACUGCCUUGAAAAGGGUAUGAACCUUAUUGAAUUCAUUCCAUCAAUAUUAACACGCUUUCGUAUGUAUAAAAUAGGGGUUACUGCUGAUAUAUGUAAAGCGUUUCUGCAAAUCCGUGUAUCUGAAAGGGAGAAAAAUUAUCUGAGAUUCCUCUGGUACAACGAUAAGUCUGAGCUAAAGUAUUUCAGGCACUGUCGUGUAAUAUUCAGUGCUUCGUGUAGCCCUUUUUUACUCGGAUCUGUGGUUCAGUAUCAUUUAGAAUCAGCACUAGAAGAAGCACGAGUUGAGUCAUCGAAAUAUCCCGUUGAAACUGUAGAAGAACUUGCUAACAGUUUUUAUGUGGACAAUUGUCUUGUUAGCGUAAAGGAUGAAGUUCAGUUGCAUAAAUUUAUGCAAGCGGCUACAGAAAUAUUAAUGGAAAGAAAAUUUGAAUUACGAGGGUGGGAGUACUCGGAUUCCCGCUGUCAAGUUUCAGAACCCACGAAUGUGCUAGGAAUGAUGUGGGACCGUGGAAAUGAUACCCUCAGUUUAAAGUUAUCACAUGAUACUGAUACCUCUUCGAUGAAAAUAUCUAAGAGGUCAAUUUUAUCUGCUGCACAUAAAACGUUUGAUCCUUUAGGCAUAGCCUGUCCGGUUACUUUACUGCCAAAACUUUUGCUGCAGAGGUUAUGGGAAUGCAAAUUAACAUGGGAUCAAGAAGUAGAUACAAAUACUGAAGAAGAAUUCUUGAAAUGGUUGAAAAAUUUGGAGACUUUGAAAGAAUUGAAGAUAACUAGAUGGUUGCAAUGCGAAAACGUAAUUUAUAGUUUACAUUUUUUCUGCGACGCUAGUAAGUCUGCCUAUUCAGCUGUUGUUUUUAUAAAAAUUUGUUUGAAUGAUUCAGUAGCUGUUCAUCUGCUAAGAGCCAAAUCUCGGAUUGCACCUUGUGAAAAGAAAGAGACGACUAUAGCAAGAUUAGAGCUUCUUGGAGCCACAAUUUUAGCACGUCUUUCUGUAGAAGUUCUGAAAGAAUUCAAAAAAGAGAAAAUUGUGUUUUGGACUGAUUCUACUACAGUUCUUUCAUGGUUGAGAAGAGAAGGGCCGUGGGGAGUGUUUGUACAAAACCGAGUGCAGGAAAUUAGAUCCUUGACUCCUUUGAAUGCAUGGCGGUUCGUACCAGGGUCACUAAAUCCAGCAGAUCUUCCGAGUAGAGGUUGCUCUGCUCGCCAACUUCUUUCAUCAAAAUGGUGGGAAGGUCCGCAAUGGUUGUAUUUCCCAUCGGAAGAAUGGCCUAAAGACGAAUGUUGUGCUGAUGAAGAAGAAAUUCUAAGUGAAAGAAAGAGAGACGUGGUAUCAUCUAUGGUCAAAGCGCAAUGUACAGAUAACAUUGUAAGUGACCGAUUUUCAAGUUAUACGAUGACAGUCAGAACAAUUGGAUGGAUCUAUAGAUUUUAUCACAAUAUUUCCAGUCAGAGUAAGAGAGUAGGAGAGUUGACAACUGAUGAGUACAACAGAGCUGAAAUUGCACUUAUUAGGCAAAUACAGUCAGAGCAAUUUCAUGAAGAUAAUCGUUUGAAGAAGCUGCAAACAUUCAAAGAUAAGUAUGGAUUACUGCGAUUACAAACAAGAUUGUUUGAUUGCGAGGAAACAGAAGAGUUUAAGAAUCCUAUUCUGUUACCUUCAAAACAUAAAGCGGUAUUGAAAAUGGUGACUGAAGAACAUAAAAAAUCUUUCCACGCAGGACUGUCUACUUUAUUAGUGAGAUUAAGAGAAAAAUAUUGGAUAUUAGGCGUCAGGAAGUUAGCUAAGCAAGUGAUUUCUAACUGUGUUAUAUGUAAACGUCAUACAGCUAAACCUCUGGAAGUGCCAUUCGCCCCAUUACCAAGAGACAGAGUCACCCAUGCAGGUGUUUUUGAAGUUUCCGGAGCUGAUUAUGCCGGGCCUUUGUAUUUGCGAUCAGGAGAAAAGGCCUGGGUCAUUUUAUUUACAUGUGCGGUUUACCGAGCUGUACAUUUUGAGCUAGUUAAGUCAAUGUCAACAGAGUCAUUCAUCUUAGCAUUAAGACGAUUCGUAGCUCGAAGAGGAAGAAUUGCUGUUCUCUACACCGACAACGGCAUGAGUUUUGUUGGAACGAACAAUGUGCUAAAGACGCUCGACUGGAAUAAAAUAAGCUCUUAUUCCACCACAAGACAGAUUUCUUGGAAGUUCAUUCCACCAACCGCUGCCUGGUGGGGUGGUUGGUGGGAGCGCAUGGGGUUAGGAUGCUGA